CGAGGUGUCGAUUCUUCUGGGGAGGUUUCGCCGUGGCGUCGCGGGAGAGGGUGAUAUACACACAUCGGUCGUCUGCCAGCUAGAAUGGACGCAACUGCUGAGGACAGCUCGGAGGGCGCGAGGCCAAGCGACCAGCCCGGUGGCCGACCAGCUGGCAUAGAAGGCGUCCGUGAGCACAUUGUCCAGAACAAGGUGUCGUUCGCCCUGUUCUGCACCCGCCUUGCACAGGUGCUCUUCGCCAUCGGCUACCUGCUGCCCAUCUUCGGGUCAGCGGCAAACGCCUACAGCAAGGCGCUGGUGGCCACCGUGGCUACGUCAGCUCUGCGGCUGCACCAGCGCGUGCCUCAGCUGCAAAUGAGCCGCCAGUUCCUUGCCACGCUGAUGGCCGAGGACGCCUGCCACUAUCUGCUCUUCGCGCUGGUGUUCCUGUAUGGCGCGCCCAUGACCAUGGUGCUGGUGCCGCCCACACUGUUCGCGGUGCUGCACUCGGCCAGCUACGGCUUGCGUCUCCUGGAUCUGGCCGGCCAGAACAACUCGCUCGGGGCGCGCUACCUGAUCUCGCUGGUGGAGCUGCAGUCGCAGAACAUCCUGCGCGCCGUGGCACUCUCCGAGAUCGUCCUCAUGCCGUACACCGUCUUCAUGCUGUUCACGGGCCGCGGCAGUCUGCUGGUGCCCUUCUUGUACUACCGGUUCCUGUCGCUGCGCUACUCGUCCCACCGCAAUCCGUACUCGCGCAACAUGUUCCACGAGCUGCGCCGGCUGGCCGAGGCACAGGCCGCUAGUCCCGGCUGUCCGGCCUUCCUGGCCACACUCAUACGGCGCGGCGUGGGGCUCGUGGUCUCGCUCAGCCCGCCCGCCGUGGCAGCCCAUUGAGAUACAGCCUGCGCGCGCUGCCGCCGUGUGGCGCUGGUCGGAGGCUGCGGUGGCGACGUAGGCCGCCUAGGCCGCCGGUGAUGCCAGUGGGAACCAACGGUUCCGAACACACCUGCGGCUGCAGAAAGGCACAGGGCAAGCUGCAAGUGUAUGCGACGAGUCAUGAUCGAACAUCGAGGGCGGGUCGACGUGGUGUGUCGCCGGUCGUGGACGGUCACCUCAAGUCCCUGUCGCCCAACAGGCCAUCUUAGCACGCACCCCGCGUGGUCAGCACUACAUCCCAGGCAUACCUGCACUGGCCGGCGUGGUGGGUCUGACAGCGCAGUCUCCGCUAAUACAAUGUGUAUUUGGUGAUCACGUCCGUUGCAGGGGCCCGGAAUUAUCCCAUACACGUUUGUUUUGGCCCGUGGACACUACACUUCCGGCAUGGAGAUUUUUUCAGACCUGUUCGUGCAUUUGCACCGGGGAUUUCAAUCGUCCUAAGAGAGUCUAAGCGUCCGUUCUGCUGUCGUCCGUCUCGCGAGAUUGUGCUGCAGUAUGGAGCGCUGCUGUCAUGUAUUCCAGGUGAGCGAUUUGAUGUCCCAACCCCCGACCGCGAUUUGGUCCGUCCGGAAUGCGUUAUGCUUCCGCUGAAUGAACAGACAGCAGCCAAUAAUGAUGACUUUCGGGUCAGGUGAGAUCGGGUUGAUGUACUCAAUCAUGUAAUGGUAUAACAAAGCUGGCGGCUUUUGUAGAACGAACAUUCAAUGUGUGGAGCUUGGCCAAUGUUGUGAUGUCUAGCGAUUGAAUAAAUAGCAAAUCCAUA